GGCAGGAGGAAGGCAAGGGCUGGAGCUGGAAGGCUCUCCGGCGGCGAGAGGUCCUGCCCAGCUGUUGGCGAGGAGUUUCCUGUUUCCCUCCCGGCGCCCGGGUAAAGUUGAUGAGUGAGUCACUCGCGCGCACCGACCGACGACACCCCCCGCGCGCGCACACGCUCGCCUAGGGGACGGAGACCCAGCCUUCUGCGCAGCUCUCCUCGGCCGCCCGGGGCCUCCUCCGGGCCUCCAAGCUCCCGGGAUCGCCGACCACAUCUGGCCCGCAUCUCUGCCCGGCGCGCUCAGGGCAGCCCAGGCACCCUGAGAAGACGAGGAGUAAAGGCGCAGCCCGGGGUCCCCGAGGCUCGGUUCGCGGCGCCCCAGGGGCCGGUCUAUGACGAGCGACGGGGGCUACCAUGGGUCGGGGGCUGCUCCGGGGCCUGUGGCCGCUGCACAUCGUCCUGUGGACGCGCAUCGCCAGCACGAUCCCGCCGCACGUUCCCAAGUCGGAUGUGGAAAUGGAGGUCCAGAAAGAUGCUCCCAUCCACCUAAGCUGUAAUAGGACCAUCUAUCCACUGAACCGCUUUAAUAGUGACAUGAUGACCAGUGACAAUGGUGGAGCAGUCAAGCUUCCGCAACUGUGUAAGUUCUGUGACGUGAGAUCAUCCACUUGUGACAACCAGAAGUCCUGCAUGAGCAACUGCAGCAUCACGGCCAUCUGUGAGAAGCCACACGAAGUCUGCGUGGCUGUGUGGAGGAAGAAUGAUGAAAACAUUACACUGGAGACCGUUUGCCACGACCCCAAGCUCACCUACCAUGGGUUUGUGGUGGAAGACUCCACUUCACCCAAGUGUAUCAUGAAGGAGAAGAAAAGGCCUGGUGAGACUUUCUUCAUGUGUGCCUGCAACGUGGAGGAGUGCAAUGACCGCAUCAUCUUUGCAGAAGAAUACACCACCAGCAAUCCUGACCUGUUUCUGGUCAUUAUCCAAGUGACCGGUGUCAGCCUCCUGCCUCCGCUGGGUAUUGCCAUAGCUGUGAUCAUCAUCUUCUACUGCUAUCGUGUCCAUCGGCAGCAGAAGCUGAGCCCAUCCUGGGAAAGCAGCAAGCCCCGGAAACUCUUGGAGUUCAGUGACAACUGUGCCAUCAUCCUGGAGGACGAUCGUUCAGAUAUCAGCUCUACGUGCGCCAACAACAUCAACCACAACACAGAACUGCUGCCCAUCGAGCUGGACACCCUGGUGGGAAAGGGCCGCUUUGCUGAGGUCUACAAGGCCAAGCUGAAGCAGAACACUUCAGAGCAGUUUGAGACCGUGGCCGUCAAGAUCUUCCCCUAUGAGGAGUACACAUCAUGGAAAACGGAGAAGGACAUCUUCUCAGACAUCAACCUGAAACACGAGAAUAUCCUGCAGUUCCUCACUGCUGAGGAGCGGAAGACAGAGCUGGGGAAGCAGUACUGGCUGAUCACAGCUUUCCACGCCAAGGGCAACCUGCAGGAAUACCUCACGAGGCAUGUCAUCAGCUGGGAGGACCUGCGGAAGCUGGGCAGCUCCCUGGCCAGGGGCAUCGCUCAUCUCCACAGUGACCACACGCCUUGUGGGAGGCCCAAGAUGCCCAUUGUUCACAGGGACCUCAAGAGCUCUAACAUCCUCGUGAAGAAUGAUUUGACCUGUUGCCUGUGUGACUUCGGGCUGUCCUUGCGCCUGGACCCUACACUGUCUGUGGAUGAUUUGGCCAACAGUGGACAGGUGGGAACUGCAAGAUACAUGGCCCCUGAGGUUCUAGAAUCCAGGAUGAAUUUGGAAAAUGUGGAGUCCUUCAAGCAGACAGAUGUCUACUCCAUGGCUCUGGUACUCUGGGAAAUGACAUCCCGUUGCAAUGCGGUGGGAGAAGUGAAAGAUUAUGAACCCCCAUUUGGUUCCAAGGUAAGGGAGCACCCCUGUGUGGAGAGCAUGAAGGACAAUGUCCUGAGAGACCGAGGGCGGCCUGAAAUCCCCAGCUUCUGGCUCAACCACCAGGGCAUCCAGAUCGUGUGUGAGACACUGACAGAGUGCUGGGACCAUGAUCCUGAGGCCCGCCUUACAGCCCAAUGUGUGGCAGAGCGCUUUAGUGAGCUGGAGCAUCCAGAUAGACUCUCUGGGAGGAGCUGCUCCCAGGAGAAGAUUCCAGAAGAUGGCUCACUGAACACUACCAAAUAGCUUUUUCUGGGCAGGCUGGGCCAACCCUCCAGAAGCUGCCCUCUCACCAAAGACCAGAGGCAGUGGGAUGCUGUCUUGACUGAUGCUUCUGGGAAACCAAGGACUUGCUCCCUUCUUCCCUGAUAGCUGCUCCAUGUUCAGAAACAACCGCAGCAACAGCAACAGCAGCAGCAGCAGCAGCAGCAGCAGCAGCAGCAGCAGCAGCAACAGCAGCAGGGGCUAAGUGACAGAGAGCAUUCUAUGUCUUGGACUUUGUCAUGGCAUAAGCUGUAUUAGCACCUCCUCAGGAAAUGAGAUUGAUUUUUACAACAGCCAAUAACAUUUGCACUUUAUUAAUGCCUGUAUGUAAAUAUGAAUAGCUAUGUUUUAUAUCUAUAUAUCUAUAUAUGUCUAUAUCUUUCUAUCUAUAGCCAUACUCUGCAUGGAGACAAAGAAAAAGAUCAAAUGUUCCCGGGAAAUUACUUUUUAUUGGAGAGCUCCAGAAUGGAGCAGAAGGGGCUCGGGACAGCAUUAGCACUUGACAAUCACACAUGCAAUGGUUCCCUGAAUGUGGGGUUGAGGGGACAGCUGCAUGAGAAGGAUCCAUGCCUCACAGACUGUUUUGGCCACAAAACACUUUGUUUUGCAAUAAUCACCCUCUACAUGAGGGUGCUUCCUAGCCAGGGAGCUAAGUUCCAGUCCACCACUAUGUCCCAGGGUCUCCCAUGUGCCUUGCUUUUCAUUUUAUCAUGGACAUUCAAGCCUAAUAUCUGACUUGUGAAUCUUCAGGCUUAGCCUAGAAACUUGGCCCCAUCCUUCCACUUUCAUAAACUACCAGAAUCAAAGAAGGCAGUUUCCUCACCUAUGAAAUUGUCCCACCAUCUACUAAUCGAUUGUGUCCUUUGAUUUUCUUCUGUGCCUGAGUUAUUAUUAUUCAUUCCCAGCUGUUACCAUUUUUUAUUGUGUCAUACCCCACAUCCAGCACCGCUGGCUCAUUGUGUUUAAUUUUUCUCACUCUCCUGCUGGUGCUUCUAGCUUGCCAUGGUAGCAGCAAUGGGUUCUAUCUUCCCAGGUUCCCAAAUAGCAGACAGGAUUUGAAUGACACACACUGCCUAUACUGUAAAACUGUGUCUGGGGACACUUUGAGACCAUAUUUUGCUUGGUCAGCACAAUGUCUGAAAAAGUUGAGCUUCAUUUUAAGUAUUUGAGAUGUAGCAGAAAAAUCUUAAUUCUAGGAAGGGAUUCCUGGGUCCCUCUUCAGAGGGCAUGAUUUAGAGCAAGAAGGUAUAACUCUGUGACACACAGCUGCUUCAUUUCUCACUGGCAAGCAGUCAGUCUUCACAUUACCCACACUCACCCCAUGAAAACAGCCAUGUUCAUUGGAACACACUUUUAAUCUCAGCACUGGGAAGGUGAACAUCCCUGGGAGCUUAUUGGUCAGCUAAGAAGCUUCUGUCUCCAAAGCAAGGCGAACAAAUAACAUCUAUCUUGACAAACAACAUCUAUCUGACCUCUGACCUCCAGACAUACAUGUACCACAUGUGCAUCCUCACAUGCAUACACACACUAGAAAUGUGCAUUCAUGCUACCUUGCUUUGGUAACAUACUUACCUGCACAUACCUUGUCUGAUGUUAUGAUUUGAAGCUGACCAUGAAUUGGACCUCAGAGGACCUCCUGUGCAUGAUUUCCAUUAGGUCAAGUCUCUUUUGUAUGCAUAUUAAGCUCUGUUUGUCUCUUCAUGGGAAGCUCUCUGCUCUAUGAAUCUUUCUUUAUCGUUCUUGGUCUCUGCAUGGUCCUAACCUUUGCAGAAACCAUGAGUGAGGAUUUGAAUAGGGGUCAUACAAGAGUCCCAUGAAAAGUCUGGGAAUAUGUGUCCACUUGGAUGAGAGCAAAGAAUGUGCUUUAAUAGGAAGCUUGUUAAUCCACCAACAAAUGUGGAUGUUGCAAGCAACAGCUUCUUUUUUUAAAGUGUGUUUUUGAAGCUACUUAUUUUCAACCAAAUAGGAACAUGAUUGAAGGACCACCAAGGAGCCUUUUGUUCUGUCUCGACCAUGGGAUGCCUGGGAUCACAGGGUGGUUUAGAUACAUGGUCAAGUUGGGGGUGAGACAAAAAUCUAUAUACUCUGCCCCAUGGAAGUGUGCUGUGGAACACCUUGGGAAUCUCCCACACCCACUUGCACCUUAGGGCUUGCUGAUGCCCUCCCAAUAGCUGUUGUUCACCUCCCUCUAGUGGUCAAUUUGUAGAAUACCGGUCCACUAGAGGGAUUUCUAGGGUUCAAAAGUGAUCUCACUUCCGGGUCAUCAUCAGAAACUGGAACACAGUAUCAUGUUACUGUGGCUUGUUUUGUUUAUGUCAUUUUUUUUUAUCUUAUUCAAGAAAAAGACCAAGGAAUAACAUUGUUGUCAUUCCUAAAAAUGUUGACUUUUGUUCACUACUCUGCAUAAAGGGAAGGUUUUAUUCUUUUAUUGAACACUUCAGCCAUACUCAUGUAUUAAAAUAGGAAUGUGAAUGCACAAUAUUCUUUUUAUAUCAAAAUUUAAAGCACUUAUUUUCAUUCUAUACCAUUUGUCUUUUAUAUAAAUAAAAAUUUCUAGUAGAUCAAAUAAAUCAAAAG